CAACAACAACAACAACAGCUAUAAAUAGCGCGCAAAACAAUUUAACAACAAUUUCGACAAUGUGCAAUAAAUCCAAAUAGUGAGCAACAAUUAAAUUAAAAACAAGUCCUGCAUUAAAAACAAAAAAAUUAAUCGAGCUGCCGUCGGCAAAUUCAAGGAAGCAGCCAAAGCAACAAAACUAAAGAUGCUAAAGCAAAGCGGAUAAAAAGUUUAAUAGGCGGUGCAUGAGCCAAGCAGUUGAACUAGCCAGCAGCUGGAGAUUGGAGUUGCAGUUGAAGCCAAAGCCGGCAGAGCGCGAUGUGUUCGAUAUUUCGGAAUCGCAUUAAUUAUCGAGGCACUCGCACGGGCGGCGCCAGUGCAGGCGCUGGCGCUAGCGAGGAGCCAAUGAGCAAGGAGCUGAACGCGGAUAGCAACAACAAUGCGGAGGAGUCGACGACGACGACGCCGCUGGAGCUGGAGACAGCAAGUGCUGCGGAGGCGGAGCAGUCGCAGCAGCAAUCGGAGAACAGCAAUGAGGCGCUGGAUUUAUCGAUAAUAACAGGCAAUAAUAAUAAUCGAUUGCCAAGCAGCGGGCAUGUGGCAUUGGAAGCUUUACAACAUACCAAAGUGGCGGUGGCACAAUUUGCGGCCACAGCGCUGGCAAAUGCCACAGCCGAGCCCAACGAGCUGACGCUGGUGCAAUCGACGAUCUACAAUGUGCAGCGGCAGCAUCUGAUGCAGCUGCAGCUGAUACAGCAUCUACAAAGUCAAUUGAAGCGAGCGGGGGGAGUGCUGAACGGGCAGCUGCAGCGAGAGGAAGAGGAGGAGCAGGAGUUGGAGGAGGAGGAGCAGCAGCUGGAGCUGGAGACUAAAGUAGAAGAGGAGGAGCAGAGUUUAAAGACUGAGCAGCAAGUGAAAGCGACGACGCCAACGACACCAACGACGACUGAGCCAGAAGCUGAGUCUGCAUACUCCAUGCCCAUGUGCGAUAUAAGCUCCAGUUUGGCCAGCAGCAUUAUAACCAAUCACGAUCCCCCACCAGCGCCCAAUGAGCCGAACUGCCUUGAAAUGUUGCAAAGACGCACGGAGGAGGUGCUGGACUCGGCGUCCCAAAGUUUGCAUGCAGCACAAAUGCAGGAGGAGUAUGCGGACUAUGCGUCCAAGGAGGCGCAGUCACGUGGCGAAAUCUUUAAGCAUCGCUGCAAAUAUUGUGGAAAGAUUUUCGGCAGCUACUCCGCAUUGCAAAUUCACUUGAGAUCGCACACAGGGGAGCGUCCGUUUCAUUGCAAUGUGUGCGGCAGCAAAUUCACCACCAAAGGGAAUCUCAAGGUGCAUUACCAGCGGCAUACGCAAAUCUUUCCGCCUAUGCUAAUGCCUGGGGUAAUCAAUGGGCAAACAGAGUUUACGCCGCUGCGACUGCCGCCGCCGCCAGCAGAAAAAGCAGCGCACGAAGCUGAAGCUGAAGAUCUAAGCAAAACAGCAAGCAAAUCCCCAACGCCUGAGCCAGCGCCAGCGCCGCCAGCAGCACCCCCAACCCCAGUUGUAGCUGAGCCAGAGCCGCCCAAAGAGCAGGCGAGACCAGCAAGCCAACCCAGACGCAAUGGCAACCUGCGUGGCAAGCGUCCAAACUCCGCACAGCCCAGUGAAGCGCCUGAUACGCCGCCUGAGCUGCCCAAAUUGUCACGUCGCUGCAGUCGCGAAUCGCUGCCCAUUGCAGCCGAAUACUCGCUCAGCCAAAUGGAGCGCAUUAUAGACAAGUCCUGGGAGGACUUAAUUGAAAUAGACAAAACCUCGGAAACUUCAAAGCUGCAGCAGCUGGUGGACAACAUUGAGAACAAGCUCACCGAUCCCAAUCAGUGCAUCUUUUGCCAGAAGGUCAUGUCAUGUCGCAGCAGCCUGCAAAUGCACAUACGCACGCAUACGGGCGAGCGUCCGUUUCGCUGCAAGAUUUGCGGACGCGCCUUUGCCACCAAGGGCAAUCUGAAGGCGCACAUGUCCAUACACAAGAUUAAGCCGCCCAUGCGCAGCCAGUUCAAGUGUCCGGUGUGCCAUCAAAAGUUCUCCAAUGGCAUCAUACUGCAGCAGCACAUACGCAUACACACUUUGGAUGAAUCGCAGCAGCAGCAGGCGCUGGAUGCAGAGCGUCUCGCAGGCGAGGAUCAGUGCUCGCAAAAAUCUUUAUGCAAUUCAGAUACUUUGGAUUUCUCCACUACCAUAUCCGAUCAUUCAAUUGAGCGCUCCGAGUCGUCACAAGGUGGCGACUUUGAUGAGCUGCUAACUAUGGACAGCACUGAGGAUUCCAUUGACAAGCCGCCAGCGGAUGCUGCAGAUGAACGCAGCCGUUCACGCUCUGAUCUUGAAAGCAACAGCGAGCUGCCUGCUAUGGAUUUGCGUCUUUACAAUGGCUCAACUGGCUCAACUUCGAUGCUGAGCAUGCCGCCGAAUCUGCUGCUCAUGGCUGCCGCACGCGAGGAGCUGCAGGCACAUGCCAAGUUUCCGCUGCUGCCCUUCGGACCGCUUGGAUUUAUGGGUCUGCAGGCGCCGCCAAAUGUGUGCAAUUUAUGCUUCAAAAUGCUGCCGAAUCUCGCAGCAUUGGAGUCUCAUCUACAGAGCGAACAUGCCAAAGAAUCUACGACCCAACCAGGUCGCAAUCAAAGCAAUGAAACAUCCGCCCCUAGCUAUGGACCCAAGCCUAGUGGAGCAGCUGACUGCAAGAGCCUACAUGACUGCUUGUUAUAUGCCUUGUUAGCCGAGAAUAUGGUGACUCUAUCAACGGCUCUGAUGUCCGCUGGUCCGCCCAGCUCCGCGCUGGAUCCGCCUGUCAACAACAAACAUUUCUGCCACGUCUGUCGUCGCAAUUUCAGCUCCAGCUCCGCGCUGCAGAUUCACAUGCGCACCCACACAGGCGACAAGCCCUUCCAGUGCAAUGUCUGCCAAAAAGCCUUCACCACCAAAGGCAAUUUGAAGGUGCACAUGGGCACGCACAUGUGGACAAAUCCCACUUCGCGUCGUGGGCGUCGCAUGUCCUUGGAGCUGCCUAUGCGUCCUGGUGGCGCGCCAGCUGCGCCAAGCGCUGAGCAGGAAUUUAUGCAGCGGCGUCCGGAGAUUUUCUUUCCCUACUUGCCGCCGUUUUUCAAUGGAUUGCCGCCCAAGCCCGGCGAGCUAAGUCCUGGCGCCUUUGCCAAUAUACCGCCGCCACACUUUCCCAAUGGCGCCAAGUAUCCGUAUCCGCCGGGUCUGCUGGGCUUUCCGGGCUUUCUGGGCGCUCCACCACAACAGCCCUACAGCCACAGCCUGGAGCGUCCGAGCAGCAGCAAAUCGCCAACGCCAGAGCCAGCGCAGAGUCCAACCUCGCGUGAGGAUGAUAACCACAUAUGGCAUCCGCUUAGUCGCAUUAAAUUGGAGCAUAAUCAAUGCGAGGAUGCGGCUGAGCAGGAGCAAGAGAAGACGCCAGUUGAGUCAGAGCGAGCGGCGGCGGCGGCGGCGGCAGGUGAGACAGAGACGGAGGAAUUGAAGUAGCUGAAGUUCGUACGUUUUUGGCCAAUUGGAACACACAUGGUUUUAUUGUGGAAAACAUAUCUUGAGCAUAACACAUACGCUAAGCUUGUUCUAGCACACACACACACACAAAUACACACAUAUACAUAUAAAAUAUAUAUAUAACCUCUGUGUCUAUAUUAAAUUUUAGCCUGAGUAUAACGAGUUAGCAAUGUCAGCGAAAAGAUCUUCAAGGCAUUUAAAUGCAUUAAGUUUAGGCCAUAAGUUGUAUAUUGAUAACGAUUACCAAUAACGAUUAAUCAAAGCUUACAGCACACACACACAAACACACACACAUACACACUUAACUAAUUUUAUGGCUAUUUAAAUAUUUAAUACUUAAUUAUAAUGUACUAAAAUUUAAUGCAAAAAGUAGUUACAUGUAAACUGUGGUAGUUGCAUCUAAA